GAAGCUAAACCCAGGCGGGGAGGAAGCCGAAGCCGCCGAGACCCAGCCAAGAAGUCGGCUGUUCCUUUAGCAGAAAAAGGGGGGUGGGAAGGGUUAUAAGGCUAACCUGUUAAUUUGCCACCAUGAACGUGGUUUUUGCUGUGAAGCAGUACAUUUCCAAAAUGAUAGAGGAUAGCGGGCCAGGUAUGAAAGUACUUCUCAUGGAUAAGGAGACGACUGGCAUAGUGAGUAUGGUAUACACACAAUCAGAGAUUCUUCAGAAGGAAGUGUACCUUUUUGAACGUAUCGAUUCUCAAAAUCGAGAGAUCAUGAAACACCUGAAAACUAUUUGUUUUCUUCGACCUACGAAGGAGAAUGUGGAUUAUCUGAUUCAGGAGCUCCGAAGACCCAAAUACGGUAUAUAUUUUAUUUAUUUCAGUAAUGUGAUCAGCAAGAGUGAUGUGAAGUCAUUAGCUGAAGCUGAUGAACAGGAAGUUGUGGCUGAGGUUCAGGAAUUUUAUGGUGAUUACAUUGCCGUGAAUCCACAUUUGUUUUCCCUCAAUAUUUUGGGUUGCUGCCAGGGUCGAAAUUGGGAUCCCGCCCAGCUAUCCAGAACAACUCAAGGACUGACAGCUCUCCUUUUAUCUUUGAAGAAAUGUCCCAUGAUUCGUUAUCAGCUUUCAUCAGAGGCAGCAAAGAGACUUGCAGAAUGUGUUAAGCAAGUAAUAACUAAAGAAUAUGAACUGUUUGAAUUCCGGCGAACUGAGGUUCCUCCAUUGCUACUUAUUUUAGAUCGCUGCGAUGAUGCCAUCACCCCAUUGCUAAACCAGUGGACAUAUCAAGCCAUGGUACAUGAACUGCUGGGCAUAAACAACAAUCGGAUUGAUCUUUCCAGAGUGCCGGGGAUCAGUAAAGAUUUAAGAGAGGUGGUCCUAUCUGCUGAAAAUGAUGAAUUCUAUGCUAAUAAUAUGUACCUGAACUUUGCUGAGAUUGGUAGUAAUAUAAAGAACCUAAUGGAAGACUUUCAGAAGAAGAAACCUAAAGAACAGCAAAAACUAGAAUCAAUAGCAGACAUGAAGGCCUUUGUUGAGAAUUACCCACAGUUCAAGAAGAUGUCUGGGACUGUAUCAAAGCAUGUGACAGUUGUUGGAGAACUGUCUCGAUUGGUCAGUGAGCGGAAUCUGCUGGAGGUUUCGGAAGUUGAGCAAGAACUGGCCUGUCAAAAUGACCAUUCUAGUGCUCUCCAGAAUGUAAAGAGGCUCCUGCAGAACCCCAAAGUAACAGAGUCUGAUGCUGCCCGCCUGGUGAUGCUUUAUGCUCUACAUUACGAGCGACACAGCAGCAAUAGCCUACCAGGACUAAUGAUGGACCUCAGGAAUAAAGGUGUUUCUGAGAAGUAUCGAAAGCUCAUAUCUGCAGUUGUUGAAUAUGGUGGUAAACGGGUCAGAGGAAGUGACCUCUUCAGCCCCAAAGAUGCUGUGGCUAUUACCAAACAAUUUCUCAAAGGAUUGAAGGGAGUAGAAAAUGUAUAUACUCAGCACCAACCUUUCCUACAUGAGACCCUGGACCAUCUCAUCAAAGGAAAGCUUAAGGAAAAUCUGUACCCUUAUCUAGGGCCCAGCACACUCAGAGACAGACCUCAGGAUAUCAUUUUGUUUGUAAUUGGAGGAGCCACCUAUGAAGAGGCCCUAACAGUUUAUAACCUGAACCGUACCACUCCUGGAGUGAGGAUUGUCCUGGGAGGAACCACAGUACACAACACAAAAAGAUCUACUGCUCAGUUUCCUAGAGGAAGUUCUGGCUUCUGGACUACACAGCCAAAGCAAGGAGAGCUCUCAAGUUACCUCGAGGUCAGCAAGCAGAAGAUGAAAUGGUGAUGGAGAGGUGAGGAGAACCGUGCAGCUUUUCCUCUGGCCUCACCACAGGCUUUGCCCAGUACCCUGCAGUGUUGGAGAAGAGCCUGGGGUUUUAUGUUUGUUUUACAGCCCACCUCCAAGUAGCCUGCUCAUUCCUGAGCUGUUGGUACAAACACCAAGACACCCAGUGAUGAGUUGAGAAUAAGUCUGAGCCUAUGCCAACGCACUUUUCCCACCGCUUCCUUGUCGAAUAAAUAACUGUAUCCCUUGUACUUGCAGUACAGUCCACUGCAGGUUCUGGUGAUUUGUUGGCAUCUUCCUUGAGAAAAGGGUUAUCAGAGCUUAAAGGAGUUUUAAAAAGUAAUCAUUUGAUGCACAUGCUACACACUCUCUGUUCUCUUGACCCUUUUUACUUUUUUAUUAACCACAUCCCUGCACAACUCAUUUCUGAAAACUCAUCAUGUUUCUGUAGGUUGGUCCCUACACUGCAGUUCUCUGUGGCACUGAGAAACCACGUGUGACUACAAUAAAAAUGCAUUUUGUGAAAAGAUACAAA